CUGUCUGAACAGAGGACCGCUGCGGGGCAGAGGACGGAGACAAGCGAACAGAAAAGAAAGGGGAAUCAAGAGAGGGGAAAGCAGGAGGGGACAUAUUCAUAGCGCACAAAGAGGAACGCGGUGUGUAAGAGACAAUUUUGGGAAGCGGACACAGAGCGAGAAACGAGUCUUUCUUUUUCCCCGCUGGGCUGUUUUUCAAUCUCCUGAGACUCUUGAGGCUAUUUUUGUCCGUCCGUGUCGGCGCGGUUUGGGAUGGAUGCCAUCAUGCUGCAGGAAAAACUGGUGGAACGGCUGCUGUGCCCGCGAGUGAGAACAGCCAGGCAGAAGGAGAAGCAAUAUGUGGGUUUUGCGACUCUACCCAACCAGGUGCACAGAAAGUCGGUGAAGAAAGGCUUCGACUUCACGCUGAUGGUGGCAGGAGAGUCCGGUAUGGGCAAAUCCACUCUGGUCAACAGCCUGUUCCUCACAGACCUCUACAAGGACAGGAAGUUACUGAAUGCAGAGGAGCGCAUCCACCAAACCGUAGAGAUCAUCAAACACACUGUGGACAUCGAGGAGAAAGGGGUCAAGCUCAAGCUGACCAUCGUGGACACUCCGGGCUUCGGAGACGCCGUCAACAACAACGAAUGCUGGAAGCCAAUCACAGACUACAUAGAUCAGCAGUUUGAGCAGUACUUCAGGGACGAGAGCGGACUGAACAGGAAGAACAUCCAGGACAACCGGGUCCACUGCUGCCUGUACUUCAUCCCUCCAUUUGGGCACGGACUACGUCCCGUGGACGUGGAGUUCAUGAAGGCUUUGCACGAAAAGGUGAACAUAAUCCCUCUGAUCGCAAAGGCCGACUGCCUCACGCCCAACGAGAUCAAAAAGCUCAAAGACAGAAUACGAGAGGAAAUAGACAAGUUCGGGAUCAAAGUGUACCAGUUCCCUGAAUGUGACUCUGAUGAGGAUGAAGAGUUUAAACAGCUGGACAAAGAGCUCAAGGAGUGUACCCCGUUUGCUGUGAUCGGCAGUAACACGGUGGUGGAGGCCCGGGGGCAGCGGGUGAGAGGGCGACUGUACCCCUGGGGAAUCGUUGAAGUGGAGAACCAGUCGCACUGUGACUUUGUCAAAUUGAGGAACAUGCUGAUUCGCUCGCACAUGCACGACCUCAAGGACGUGACCUGCGACGUCCACUACGAGAACUACAGAGCGCAGUGCAUCCAGGAGAUGACGAGCAAACUGGCUCAGGACAACCGCGUGGACAGUCCCGUCCCCAUCCUACCGCUGUCCACUCCAGAUGUUGAGACCGAGAAACUGAUCAAGAUGAAAGAUGAAGAGCUGAAGAGGAUGCAGGAGAUGCUGAAUAAGAUGCAGCAGCAGAUGCACGACAAAGACCAGUGAUCCUCCAGAGCAGCAGAGCUGGUCUGCAGCGCCACCUGCUGUUUGUCCCCCGAGCGACGGCCCGCACCGCCCGACCGGGCGGGGGCCCCCUGCUGACUGUGCAUCCUCCUCAGCUCGGUGCUUUGUAUAGUUUGUCUGCCUGGACGGUCGUUUGUCAGAACCGUUCUUUUUUUUGUUUUGUUUCUGGUCUCUGAAACUUUUUAAUCCAGUUUGCCCACUUUGAACCCUUGUUGUGGUUUAACAGUCCUAACAUAUAUAAUAUAAACACCUAAUUUAAACUACUAUUAAGUGUAUCUAAUUUAUAAACGCAAUGCUCAACUUUUUGGGGAUAUUUUGUCAGGGCAUGAUGUUGUGCGAUGUUUUGUAAAGAGCUUUAGGUAGUUGGUGAUGUUAAGACUUGAUGGAUAUUGAUUCUUAUCAUGUGUGUGUGUGUGUGUGUGUGUGUGUGUGUGUGUUUCCUCCAGGUAAUCCGUCCAUCAAACAGUGACUUUACUCUUCCUGUGUUUUUUAAGCCAACUUUUGCUCUCAUUAAUUCGCUCUCUGACCCUCACAAAUCAUUUCACGUGAAGUCAAAAUAUUCUCGCCCAUUUAGUUUUUUAUAUCCGUGUGCUCGCCGAGCUGCAAAUGCAAUUAUUACCUGUGGCUAACUGUGAAAGGAGAGCCUGACAUACCGGGAGGGUAAAUGCCGAGCGUGCUCUUGUUAAUCACAUGCGCUACAUGCAGUGGGCCUAUUUUUUACUGCUUUACAGCUGAUGGGCUCUUCAAAUGCAUCACGAUGCAUCGCGGCCUCUGUUUGUUUCUCCCGUACGGUAAACAGAGAUCAACGAUGAGCAGCAAAUACUGUGUCUCUGCUUCCGUUUUAAACCCCUCUCAUUGGAAGGGAGUCUCUGCAUUGUGCUAGUAAAGGUGUGUGUGUGAGUGUUGAGCGUGUGCGUGCGUGUGGUGUGUUGAUGAUGAGGAACCGUACUUAUUUUCUGCUGAAGGCUGUGAGCUCAGGCCUGCGCCCCGUUUAUAAAAGUGUGACAAAUAAAACUCUUGUUUUCCCGUCA